AUGACAAGUCUUUGGACUCAGGUCUUUCAUGACGAAGACACGCUGACGGAGGGAGACUCGGUCGAAGAGAAUUUGUUGCGUUUGGAACAGGAUCUUCGCCAGUUGUCACCGUCCGUUGUGGCAGCGACAGAAGAGACCAUGGAGAAAAUCGAUGAAGCUAUUCAUGACAUUGGAGACUUGAGGAUGGGGACGCUGAUCAUUCCAGACGAAGACCUGGUGGAGGAUGAUGAUGAUGACACUGAAGAAGAAGAGAAGGCUUUGAUUCGUGACCAUCAUCAGCCGGCAGAUGAGAUUCGUGCGUGGACUCCAUUUUGGUGUAACAAUGGCGGCGUUGCGCCUGAACCGGAAGAAGAAAGAGAAGAAGCAGAGGCUGCUGCCGCUGCUACAGAAGAGGAGGCUCCUCGUCUCGAAGAGGAUUCGACGGAGGGUGACGGAGAACCAACGAGAACCUUGGGGGCACGUUUCAAGGAAUUGAUGGUAGGAUUUGUUACUAUUCUUGGGAAUUGUGUUGGAGCUAUCGUCAAUGGGAUCUGCUACUGCUGCAACCAAAUCAAGGCGGGUGUCUCCUACAGCUGCUCUUUUGUUCUGGCGGCAGUCCUGGCCUCGUGGAAUAACACUCUGAUGUUCUUCCGCAGCUUGAAGGGGCAUAUCGAAGAAGGCGUCACUUCCACGCAAACGUCUGCCCGCGAGUGGACUCAUCAAGCCAAGGAGAGUCUGUUUGUUCCCUCUCAAACUAUGCUACAAGCAUUGUGUGGAGGACUCUUCUUGGGAAUGGUGGCGGCGAUUCUCAUGGGACAUCGAACACCCCAAGUUCCGUCUCCCAAGGAAGAUUUGAGAGAAUUUGUGACUUUUGAGAAAGCUCACAAUGUCGUCGACCUGAAGCAGAUUGAAGACCUCAAUACCGAGGCGUUUCGCACUUAUGCCCGAUCGACCUGCGUGGAUGCCGCUACCUUUGAACAAGCUCAUGAAGCUCUCUCCAUGGGGCUCUAUGGAGUUCCGGAUUCGGUUCGAAAUGAUGUUGUGCGAAUGGCCAUUAUUGAGGGCGUCACACAAAAGAAUUCGGUUCAGGAUUCCAACAGUGACUUUGUCAGCCAGGGUAAGGCUGAAGCAUACAUGGCAUUUUGGUCCACCGUCUUCAACCCCCACGACAAACAGCAGGCCUACAAAACCUGUGUCAUGGUCACUGGGGUGGCACUAACCGUUGCCGAAACCAUUGCUGAGUGGACCACCAAGGAGGAACGGUACCAGAUUGGAAUUGAGCCUUGUCAUUGUGGUUAUCUCUACUGCGAGGAAUGUCCUGUCUUUGACACUCGCCAGGUCCAGUGGCCUAUUUUUGAACGACGCAGUUUGUCGUUGCAGAAACAAGAAGAGCUUCGCCGUUGGAUGGUCGACCGAGCCAUUCAAUCCGCAGAACACCUGUUGCUGGGUGGCGGCGCUUCUAACAGGGCGCUUGGGAAUGGAACGGAUGGCAAGGCAUGGAACCCUGUCAAAAGCAUGACGUGGUCUGGAGAGUCCAAUCGAGCCUUUUUUGGUCAAGAGUCUCAUGUGCACGAUCGUCCUCCUAAGAGGACCGUCUACCCUAAAACCAAGGCGGAAGACGUCAAACAGGAUCUUUAA